AUGUCGAGUGUGUCCGUAACGUCUUCUAAGCGCGAGCAGAAGGUGACCUCUGAUUUACAACAGGAAGUAGAGUCCGUCCGUGCUAUGAAUGCAAGCCUUAGCGCAUAUUUGGAUCAACUUAAAGCUUUUAGAAAAAACAUAAUCGCUGUGAAUGAAAAUUGCAAACAGCUUAGUAAUGUUAACACUCAGUGGAUAGAAACGAUAAGUGCAAUGAAGCGAUGA